AUGAACUCGAGUACUGUAAAUGCGCCUCACGGUGACUCUACCCCUGACACGUCGAUUUCCCAAGUGAAUAUCACAUCUGCAGAACAGCAGCAGAUGGUUCAGCAGCAGCAGCUGCCGCAAGCUCAGCAACAACAGAGAAACUCAGAAUCGCUUCCGAACGCGCCACCUGCGCGUGGAGCAAGGCCUACACAUAACACCGGCGUGCAACAGCAAAAUGCCCAACACGAAAGGGCGACGCAGGAAAUAUUAGUUCGCGCCCUGCAGCAUCUUCUUGAAGUUGGGGCAGAAAGUCUGCAACUCUUAGACGUGGACGGAGAAGUUCGCCACUUUUCAGUUUUGCAUGAACAACUCAACUUCAAAUGCCUGCGUCGGCUAUCCCUUGGGUGGACCAUCACCCCAGAGCUGCAACAGCUGCUAUUUUUGUUCAGCAGCAAAAAGCUGCGGUCACUGCAAAAGUUGAACUUCAAUGGCCCUGCCCAAAUCCACCCUGAAGCCUACAUACACAUAAACCGCUUCAUUAGUCCCACAAUCAGCAGCACCUGCAGUCUCUGGGGCGAGCCGUGUUCGGCUCCCCUAGAUGAGGCAACUCUACGACGUAGUGCUGGGCUCAACAACUAUGGACUUGGCCAAAUUCACCUCCAGCUUUAUGCCCUCCUGAACUGCGGCGCAUGCAGCGUCUCACAAAUAGACUACGCACGCCAGCAGCUGCUGCAGCAGCAAUUACAGAUGCUCAGAGACUGCAAGAAAAACAGAAGCAUUGUGAAGGAGAUCAAAAGCCAAAGCGAUCCCCUAUGUCUGGAGACGGAGUAUGAAUUGCUCCCGGUACCGACAGAGGAUGGGAAGGAGGAGGACACUUCUGAAAGCCGAAAUCAGGUGAACAAUCGGCGCGCCACAGACAAAGAGAGGUCCUUCACAUCAGAAGGGUCGUCUGAGGCUAGCACCAAGGAAUGCCUCGGAACUCAAAAGCCGGCAGUCGAUACUUGCAGUAGCGUCACUGCUGAGUUUAAUCGGAUGCUGAUUCAGGAGGACGGGGCAGGGCACAGCAAGACUGAAACGACAAGCGGGAGUUCUUGUCGCCACCGAGUUCAACAAGCAGGGUCCUGGUUGUGGCGUGCUAUUCCCUCCUCCCUGCGUGGUCUCGCGGGGUCUCGCGGAUGUCUUGGCGAUGCAACUGCUUCGUUGGUGGAGUCUCAACUGGAAGUUGCGAAUGCGGACCCAAAUGGAGGGAGAGUAACAACACAAACCUCGCCACAGUAUGAGCACCAGGGACAAAUUGUCCCCACUGCUGCUGGUCAAAAACAUCCUCCUGACGAUCCUUCCCAUGACCCUGUCGCCCCUGUAGUUCAGCAGCAGGGCGAACACGGCCUACCUGCACGCAGGCGCAGACCGUCGGCGAGUGAGGAAGGGAACCGGCAUUCCUCAGACACAAACAAUACAGCAACAAUAGUUCCGUCUGGGGGACCCCGCCCAAAGAGGCGGCGGCUUGUGGAGGUGCCCUUAGGUGGGCCGAGUGGCGCAACCAAGAAGGUCGAGGCACUUAGGAGGCACCUUACUGCAUUUGCUCGAGAGCAUCUGCCUCUACUAGGUGACCUUGUGUGUCCACAUCUGGAGGCUCUUGGUUCCCCCACUGGGGCGUCUAGGCCACCCCAUGAUGAAAUGCUCACCGCAUUAGAGUAUAACUCUAAGGACACAUCCGAAACCCAGUUGAGCUUGAGACGUGCAGAGCUGCAAGUUUUGAAGGGAGUUACCUCUUUUUUGCUGGAUGCUGCGGGGGAAUUUCUAGGGCCAAUGCUGGAAGAGCCUCAUUGCAGCAGUGGGACCAGCAACAUUGACAGCGGUAGGGACAGCAGCCAGGAGAGCAACAAAGUCAACAGCGUAACUUUUGAGCGAGUGUCGGCUCGUUCUUCCCCAUUAGCCGGGCGUUGCUUUAAUCAGGCUUCUAGAAGCUCCACUACUGGCAGCGUGGCAGCGUCACACCCUAUGAACCAGUUACAACCGUUGCUUCGAGAGCUUCAACGGCAGCAAGAGGAAGACGAUGAGCUGUCUUUGCUACGUCUCCUACAACAUUCUCCUUCUCCCCGCACCAGCUGGUCCCACGGUGUUUUCUUCAAGUAUGCGUAUGUUGACCUUGAUUUCGAGUGUCUCGCCACAUUUCGCAUUUGCCUUUGCCAUCAUCCCCUAUUCAUCUUCUACAAAGAACAUGAGAAGGGGUUGCAUGUCCUGCACGUUGACGGUGUAUUCAACGCUGGAUCUGAUAGCGCGCAGGAGAAAACGGAGCUGUGGAGGGAGCGGUUGUCGUACAACUACGUGUGCGACCCUGCGGCCCCUUUCGAACAGCAACCACAGCAACUACAGCAACAACAGCAUCUGCAAGAAGACCGACGUUCCCAGCCCCCUCAAGAAAGUCAGGAGGCAGCUGAAUCUGCCGGUGUAGGCCGGCCUACUUCAUUGCGCGGCUCUCGCAGAAGUGGAAGCAGUGGUGAUGUUAGGGACACAUUAACAGACAGGAUUGGGAGCCGAUCCGAUCGAUCAGCCCGUAUCCAGCUGCCUGAGGGAUCGAUUGCUGGAUGGAGGGACCCUCUUCUAGUGACACCCCCCCCACCUCGAGAAGGAGACAUCAGGCUCUGUUCUGCCAAGGCAAGCAUCUGCCGUACUCUGGUCUUGCCAACACUAGUGCAGGAGGAGACUCCGUCUACCUUGUUACCUCAUGUGGGACCUCAAAUGACAGUGUGCCCUCCCAGCCUCGCGCAAUACUUGGCGUCCCUUAGACGUCUUUGGGCCGAGACACUUACACAACAGCAGCGAGAUAUCUACAACAAUAUUAUAACUCCCAAAUACAUUGCUCGGCGUCUGAAGGCUCCUGACCUCACCUUCGAAGCCCUUCCACCCUGGUGGCAACAGCAGCAGCAAACCCAAAGCCGCAGGCGGCCUAAGGGUGCGGGCGGUGCCCCGUCUAGUGUAGAAGGGCAUCCGCCUGCCAGCUCUCCAGAAAGUCUUUAG